AUCGUCAUUAUUAUCUGCAUUCUAUGGCUUUCAAAUAGGCCAACAAUAUCGUUUCCCUCCUAACACAGAUGAAUAGUUGUGUUUCCGCGUUCUUCGGUGAGCUGAGGAAGAAGAGCGAUUAAGAGCCCGUUAUCCUGCGAUCGCUGAAGUAGAGGAACUGCGUAAUCGGAAGUACAGCGCAAGCAGCACAGCGCUUGUAUAUGUGGGGGACCGGGAAGCCUCUCGUUAUACGCGUACGCCAAUCAGAUCAACGCACGCAUCCCAACCGCGCCAGCCCAUUGUCAGAUUUGGCACCGGAGAUUACAACUUUACGCAGCACGCAACAUUUCCUGUGUGUAUCUAUGUGCUGUGGCCCUGUGCACGGCACCGCUGGGAUCGUUUCACGACCGGGACAGCCGGAUAUUAUUACACCGUGAUCUAUCGACGCGCGCCCACACACACUGUACCUCUUGCUGAUGUAAAGUCAACCGUUGGGCUUUGUCACCAACUGCCAAUUCCCUAUUCUCUGCCGAUUGUGCACGGUUGAGUUCAGAAUAAAUUGCUUAUAACCAAGGUGUGGUGGUGCGAAAAAAGCGAAUAGUGUUAAUUCCUGACAGCUUAUACUGAGCGGACAGUACACCUGUGACCUUUGAGAAGCUAGCGCGCCCGGCUGGAUGCGUUUACGUCCGGCCAACGCGUUUACGCCGCGCAUCAUGACCUCCACCAGUUUCCACCGGUUAACCGUCGUAUUCCUCAUCGGUUUUCUUGAUCGUUAAGGCCAAUGCGAUGGAUGAUGCCAGCAUGUCGCAUAUACGGAAUAAAAGGUCACCGACUGACGCUUCGCCUAAAGCAGGCGAGGAUGCAAGUAAAUCCAUACAGCCUCCCCCCGAGGUAGUCCACAGCCUUCUCGACACCAUGGACGAGAGUGACUGGACCGACAUGGACCCUUACAACAUCGAUCGCAAUACCUUUCCCCGCUAUUUCAGCGAGCCGGUGCACGUGGCCCGUAAACGUGCCGACAACGAUGAUCUCACCGACAGCAGUGCCAGCAACCAACAGCUGCGCCUACGCUUCGGCCGCAGCGGUGUGCGGUUGCGCUUUGGGCGCAGUGACCCGCCCAUGCUGCGUUUCGGCCGCGGUGAUCCGCCGAUGCUACGCUUUGGCCGACCAGAUCCGUUGAUGCUGCGCUUCGGCCGAGAACCCCAUAUGCUACGGUUCGGCCGCGGUGACCCCGUCAUGCUGCGGUUCGGGCGGGAUCCGUUGGUGCUUCGCUUUGGGAAAUAAGACGGGAUGGUAAGGGGAUUCAUAACGUGUGAAUAAACGAAUCGACCCAGUUCUGGCGGUGGCUCGUUGUUGAAUAAUGCAAAAGCUUGUGUGUGCUAUGUGGCGAAUUAUCCGAGCGCGUUCACCCUUCCUUGCAGCUUUUAUAGACAUUUUUGCAGCAACCAUUAAGUAAUUAGUACUAAAUGAUUUGUUUUACGCGACACAGCAGUUUGGCACUGGCGUUUACGUAUGAAAUUUGUUUAGAUGAUCUCAUUAUCAGUUGGUAGUCGAUGGCAUGUGUGGUUUCGUGGCUUUCAAACCGGAGUCGCUGUUAAAAUUAAAAGUGUAUAAAAUUUAAUGUGGUGUAUCUUCAACAA